AUGUCCAACCAGCAAGUUGGUGCGGUAUUCGAGAAGGUAAUCCAGGAGGUCUGUGAUGCUUCUCAAGUCGACUUUGAAGAAAGCGGUGUCGACCAGCAGACUUUGCACGAUCUUCGUGAUGCCUGGCAAAAGAAGCUCUCUUCCGUGAACGUCGCUCACUUCCCCUGGGACCCGGCCCCGCCACAGCCUACUCAGAAUGUUCUUCCGCCAUCGGCCACUGUUCCUUCCAAUGCUCCUCGACCACCUCCUCAACCUCAGUAUGUUCCCACGCCGGUCUCCAUGCCUCAAUCAGCACCUAUGUCUGUCCAAAUGCCGCCUCAUAUGGGUGCUCCUCGCAUCAAAACCGAGCCAGGCUCAAAUGGCCAGCCCAUGCCGCAUAUGGCCCCUCAAAUGCCCCCCGCAUCAUAUGAACAACCCUCACAGAAAUACGGUACUGCCGCCGCAAACUCGGUUAGUCAGAUGCAGGCUCAAGCUCAGGCCGGGCAAGGGUACCCUCAGAUGCACCCCGCUGCCCAUGGACAGAUGCCACCGAUUAAGACGGAACAUGGUUACCCACCCAUGGGUCCUGGACAAACCGAUGGCGCUGGUGAUGAGGCUCUUGUUGACUGGAAGGCAGAGGUAGCUCGUCGUCGGGCAGCUGCCGCAGAUGGACAGGGUGAUCGCCUCCUGCGCGAACACCUCAAGCAGCGCAUGAGCCAAUUUGAAGGUGGUGGUCUACUACGGCCGCUGGAUGAGCAUGAGUCUUCGGCCAAGUUAGCCUACCGUGAAGCUCUUACUGCACCUCUGAUGGAAAAGUCGGAGCCGACCUCAUCUACUCCUAGGCUACCUGGUCAGUAUGAUGGUGCUGAUGGGGAUGUCAAGGAAGAGGAUGAGGAUGCUAUCAACUCAGACCUGGAUGAUCCCGAUGACCUUGUUGCCGAUGACCAUGAUCAAGAUGAGUCCGAAGGCCAGGUCAUGCUUUGCACAUACGAUAAGGUCCAGCGGGUGAAGAAUAAGUGGAAGUGCACCUUGAAGGACGGUAUCCUGACCACUGGUGGCAAGGAAUACGUCUUUCACAAGGGCCAAGGCGAGUUCGAAUGGUAGUCUAACA